CGCCGUGACCUUUUCCGCUCCCUAGUCUCUGGGACCUCCCGGUUCCUGCUUGCUUCCGCCUUCCGCCCCCUUUUCUCGUUCCGCUUCUCUUGCAGCCCUGCGCUGUCCCCGCCUUUGUCCCCGGAAGAUCUCCAAGUCCUCAAGCCGGUCGUUGUUUGUCCCACGGGCACCGAAUAAAGUUUCUUUAUUCAAAAGCAUUUUUUUAAAAAAUAGUGGUCCCUGCCUUCCCCAGCUCCUCCUCCUCGCCCGCACCGCCUCUCAUCCAGCGGCCGGGGAGACCCAACCGUUGGCGCCGGGAACGCGGAAGGUGAUGGCGGGGCCUCCGGCGUCUCUCUCCGGACAGGACGUAGGAUCCUUUGCCUAUCUUACAAUUAAAGACAGAAUACCACAGAUCUUAACCAAGGCUAUUGACACAUUGCAUCGACAUAAAGGUGAAUUUUUUGAGAAACAUGGAGAGAAGGGCAUGGAAGCUGAAAAGAAAGCUAUUUCUCUUCUUUCUAAAUUGCGGAAUGAAUUACAAACAGACAAGCCAAUUGUCCCGUUGGUUGAGAAGUUUGCUGAUACUGACAUAUGGAAUCAGUACCUAGAAUAUCAGCAGAGUCUUUUAAAUGAAAGUGAUGGAAAACCAAGGUGGUUCCACUCGCCAUGGUUGUUUGUGGAAUGCUACAUGUAUCGUAGAAUUCAUGAAGCAGUUAUCCAGAGUCCACCAAUCGAUGACUUUGAUGUAUUUAAAGAAUUAAAAGAGCAAAACUUCUUCGAGUCACAGGAACCUAUCAUGGCUUUAAGUACUCACCUGCAAGAGUUGAUGAAAACUCUUGAAGACCUCAGUGAAAAUCAGUUGAAAAAUGAGUUUUUUAAAUUUCUUCAGAUUUCACUGUGGGGAAAUAAGUGUGAUCUGUCUCUGUCAGGUGGGGAAACCCAUUCUCAGAAGACCAAUGUAAUAAAUGCUUUGGAAGACCUAAAGCCUUUCAUUUUAGUGAAUGACAUGGAACAUCUUUGGUCAUUACUUAGCAACUACAAGAAAACAAGAGAAAAAGUACCUGUUAGUAGAGUCGAUAUUGUUCUGGAUAAUUCUGGGUUUGAACUUGUUACAGAUUUAGUGUUAGCCGACUUCUUGUUGUCUUCUAAAUUGGCUACCGAAGUCCAUUUUUAUGGGAAAACGAUUCCAUGGUUUGUUUCUGAUACUACCAUACAUGAUUUUAACUGGUUAAUCAAACAAGUAAAACAUUCUGAUCAUAAGUGGGUAUCCAAGUGUGGGGUUGACUGGGAAAACUAUAUUAAAAUGGGCAGAUGGGUUUACCAUGACCAUAUAUUUUGGACGCUGCCUCAUGAAUUCUGUGCAAUGUCUCAAGUUGCUCCUGACCUAUAUGCUGAACUACAGAAGGCACAGUUAAUUUUAUUCAAAGGCGAUUUGAACUACAGGAAGCUGACAGGUGACAGAAAAUGGGAGUUUACCACUCCAUUCCAUCAGGCUUUGAACGGCUUCCAUCCUGCCCCUCUCUGCAGCGUCCGAACAUUGAAAGCCGAAAUUCAGGUUGGUCUGCACCCUGGGCAAGGUGAACAGCUCACAGCCUCUGAGCCCGGCUGGCUGACCACUGGGAAAUACGGAGUAUUUCAGUUUGAUGGUCCACUUUGACUUGGCUUGGGAACUCUGAGUUGUGUAGGAAGAUCCGACAGGCAGUUUUCAUCCUCAGAAAAGCAGUUAUGUGAAUGUAGUCACUGGACUGCCUUGCAUUUGCUCUGGGAAGCUUGGCUUCUUGGUGCCCCGUUACACACUCUGGAUGCUUAUCCCUCUGAACAUUUUGCCCCAUACAUUGUUUUGGGGAGAGAUGGAUUAAGCCAAUUACAGAUAUUUAAAUUUAUGUUGGAAUCUUAGUAACUUAUUUCAAGUUAAAUGCAUAGUUUCAAGUGGUUUUCAUGAAUUUAUUUUUAAUUGGGCAGAAAGCAUAAUAUAAGUGAAUAAGUUAACUUUUUAAAAUAUGGUGCAUGGUAUUUAAUAUCCUAGGAAGCAUGGAAUUUCAACUUGAUUUUGGGCUCUAGAAAUAAGGGCUCUGUGAAAGUAUACAUUGUAAUUAUACUUUGUAAAGAGAGGCAUUUCUUACAACUGUGAUAUUUGAACACAUGAAAGUAAAAAUUACCUCAUAAGUUCGUUGUAAUUUUGUCCUUAAGUUUUGUUUCAUUUCAAUAGUCUACUUUAUUUUCCUGCAUUUGGAUUUCAAUUAACCUUUGGAAUGGAUGCUAGGAAACACAAAACAGAACAGAAUGAAAGAAUUGGUAUUUGAAGAAAAAUGUAAUACAUUUUACAUUCUAUUUGUGAUACCUAUAAUCAAUUGAAAUAUUUUAACAAAUAUUUUAAACGAACAGAUUUUUAGAUUGUUCUGAAGUUUUAAAAAUGUUUUAGAGAGAAAAGAACUUGUGCACUGAAUUUGAAGUUAGUUCAUUUUUAUAUUCUUACACAUUUAUUGGUGAUUGACAGAUCUUAAAAACAGUGUCUUUCAGGUCAGUCUGUUUUGAAACUGAAAUUAGAAAAACCUAGAAAUGUUUUCUUGCACUAGAAAAAUAAAAUGAAUUGUACUGAGUCGCAUUGGUUUUCUUUUCCAGUGGGGGAAAAUCAAGGAGGGAAGACUUAAAAUAAGGUGUAUAUA